AUGAGGACGAUAUUUGUAAAAUUUUUAGAUUUAAAUUAUGAUGAUAAAUCAAUAAGUAGAUCCGUAAGAGAAUCCGGAGAUGAUGAAUUCGAACCUGUUACAGUUCCAUCUAAAGAUUCAGAAAUUAUUCCUUAUAAUUUAAACUGUGAUGACUUUACACAAUAUGCCGUCAACUGUACAGCUGAAGCUGCUUUAAUUUAUAAUUCAAGUAGAAUGUCUCCACCUUACCCUGCGAAAGUUAGCGACUGGUGCCGAGCUAUAAGACACCUAACAAAUUGUGCUAUCAAUUGGAACACAGAUUGCAAAGACGCUACUGACAGUCAUUUUAACGAUGAAAGUAUCAAAGGCCACAUCCACGUCGUCAACAAUAUUUGUGAUGAUGAAUGGUUUCUCAUAAGAUACGAUGAGAUUGCGCUCUGCGUUGAAAGUUCAACAGAUUCUUGGGAAACCUGUUACAUUAAUUUCAAGAAUUCGGUUGAAGAGUAUAAGAAUACUAGCCAAGAAUGGACACAUUAUGAAGUACAUUUUAAGCUAUGUUGCGCAAGAUCUCGAUUCCGCCGCUGCACUCUGGAAUCGCUUUUCAUUAAGCCAACUCAAUGUACACAAGAACAAGCGGCCACACUCCAGAAGUUCUCAGUUAUUGUAUCCGAAGGAGGAGUUUAUCAGGACUGUGACCGUAACAUGAUGUACGCAAACUGCCCAGGCGGAGACCCCCGACCAACUAGUACUAUGUUGAAACGGCUGAUGAGCGCUGAAGCCCACAAUAGAGGGCACAAGCUACGUAAGUGCUUCUACGAAAAAAAGUGA